AUGACCUGCCAGGGCGAGGAGGGUACACCGUUGCCCUACACUGCGUCGCCGAUCAGAUUACUAUGGGGCGACCUAUGUCUAUUCGUGAGCCUCAUCGGACACUUGCCAGGGAUUUUCAUACCCCUGCAUCUAUGUCGCACCGGUCCCCUAGAUGAAUUUUACCCCUCGGUUCACAAUAUAUUCAUCGUGGCAGUUCAUUUGUUGUUAGCGGUGUAUCAACUGUCUUUCCUGAUAUCGCUCCCGCUGAUGGUUUUGUGCAUGGUUCCUGCAUUGUGGAUCCUUGCCUAUCUUGCCAUCGGACUAGGACUCAGCUACGGAGCUGUGAUGCUGUUCUUAAAUGGCUUUGAGCAAGUUUUGGUUUCAAAAGUCCCGGUGGCCGAACGACCAGGGCAUGAGCGGGAACGUUGGCUGUAUAUCAACGGGAUCGCUGCCGGGCACCGGUGGGUCCAAAUGAACAUCGAUCAACUGUCUUACACAUUUGGUCGAAGGGUGACGGGAGUUCACAAUCGCACUGCUGGGAUUGUGUUCGAUCUGAUUGAAUGUCUGAUCCAGAGAGACUUCUCUUUUGCCACUAGCGAUAUACGAAGAUCGUAUGCAUUGGUCAAGAAAGCACUGCUAGAUCCGGAAUGCGACAAAGUCGUUCUUCUACUUCAUAGUCAAGGCGGGAUUGAAGGUGGACUUGUCAUCGACUGGCUUUUGGACGAACUACCGCAUGAUCUCCUUCGUCACUUGGAGGUAUACACCUUUGGGAAUGCAGCCAACCAUUUCAAUAAUCCCCGCUGGACAAAGCUGGCAAGGCCAGAAUCGGUACAAACGCCUGAUUUAGUGCACCAGUUUGGUCAAUCCAUUGGUCACAUUGAGCAUUAUGCCAAUGCAGGCGACAUCGUGGCUCUAGGAGGUGUACUCCACUUUGUGGAUAUCCCAAAUCGAUACAUGGGUCGGCUUUUCGUUCGUCCAAACUCAGGUCACUUACUCAACAUGCAUUACUUGAGUACCAUGUUUACGCUUGGCCCCGACAUGAAGGUCCUGGAGUCAAAUCCAUUCAUGGAUAUGGAAGUCGAGCCAUGGGCCACGGCGGGGAUCAACGGAUUCUCUGGCCCACCACAGAGAGUAAGAUAUAGACCAACUGUAGCCCGAGAUGAGGCGUUUCUUCCCGCCGCUCUGAGUCUGCAACGAUUCCAGCCAAAUGGCACACACCGAGUGCUGCGUGUGAAAGAUUUCAGUCGGCUCUGGCAAUAUAGAAAUGGAGGAUCUCCCCGAGAAUGCCGUCCAACAGAUCAAUACGAUCAUUAA